AUGGACGGCUUAUAUCUUAAAAUAACUCAAGAUUUUACUCCCGAUGCUAAGGAAGCCAGGUUUGGCGGCAAAGACUCGCCGAUGGCAGUUGAGAAAGGUGAUAUUAUUUUCGACGUUCGUAAAAGAGGAGACGGAUGGAUGUAUGGCAAAAAUUUGAACAGUGGAAAAACAGGAAAAUUUCCUGAGAGCUGUGCGGCAAAACUGACUGGAAAUAAUAAAAAAGGGAGCGGUUCAGGAAGUCCUGAUACAGAUACUAAUAGCGAGGAAAAACCUGCUGCAAAAGAUGACAAGAAACCUGCGUGGCUUCAAAAUAGAACAACUACGCCUUCAGUUAGAAAAACGCCGCUUUACCCGAAACCAUUUGCGGGAAGCAUGAAACAACCACAAGAGAAAGAGGAACGAAAGGAAACUUCGGGGGACUCAGGAGUUGUAGAAGAUUCUGUAGAUGGAAAUUAUUGUAACGAUGAUGAGAAGCCAGCGAAGCGAGACGUUUUGAAAACCGGAAAUCUAAUGAAAGAUGAUAAACAGGAGCCAAAGUUUGUUCCUAGAUCACUCCAGACACUUCAGAAACAGAAACCAGAGUCCAGUGCGACUGAAACAGAAAAAGAACCGCUGAAAGCGAUUGGAAGACCUUUCAGAUUGAAUUUAAAUAAGAGUGGUGACAGUUUAAAGUCCACAGAAACGAAAGCGGCCCCACGAGUGGACACGAAAAAUCUACCGACAGCAGCUACUGCGAAGGAUUCUCUGCGAUCAAAGCCCACGCCGAAUAAAGAUUACAACGAGGACGGAAACUACGAACCCAUAGAAAAAAGUAAGGAGACAAAACCCCAACUGAAAGAGACGGUCAAGAAUAGUAAACCGAAGGAAGAGACUAGACCAGCACAAAGUCAGCCGGUUAAAAUUAACCCGAUAGAAAACGCGAAGAAAUCUGGCGAGAAAAAUCAAUCAAACGUGACCAACAAACGCGCUGCUGGGGGCGCUGCAGUUAAUAUUCAAGAGAACCCACUGUCGAAGGACGAAGCGAGUAUUUAUCAAGUCCCCAACGUGGCUUUACCACCUAAACCUGCCCGAUCAAACGAUCAAGGCUGUGUAGAGUGUAACGAACCACAUAUCUACGAUACACCGAUGCAUUACAAAACACCACCAUCGUCGCCUUCAACGAAGAAGCGAGGGAAAGAUGAAACAACGGCCGAGAAACCGAAAGACAAAAAUAAGAAAUCAAAAGGUGGUUCAACAACUCUGAAGCCAACAUCAUCCGUAAUCAGGAAGACCAAAGAGCAUAUGAAGAACAGAAUGGCUUCGUAUGAGAGCAUAGAUACAGAAGGCAAGCGCUCUACGGAGAACAUCAAGGAUGCAGGACUUGUAGCAAAGGAGACCAAAGAAAAACUACUUGCGCCAAAAAGGCGACCGAAGUUACGAAUUUUACUCGGCAUAUUUUUAGGAUUACUUCUGGGUGUGUUCAUAUUUUUGACAUUGUUUCUCCUGGCUCAUUUGCACGUUGUCACAAGCAUCGUUUCCGCUCUUAUAGUUGGUUUUGUUGUGGGAACAAUUUUCGGAUUUCUCGAUAAGACGCGUCUUCAAUGCAUCGCCUUACUGGUUUUCCCAAGCUUAUUUGCAUGUGGAGGGAAAAUUUCUGUCUGGUUGCUGAUCACAUUUUUUGUCCUUUCUGGUCCAAUGUGCAAUUUUAUUGAGAAUGUACGCUUGGUCACCCUUCAUAGAGCUUGCCUAAUGGACACUGGACAGUUAGCAAACAAUAGCAGUGGUAACUCAGCCAGACUUGUUCUAGUUGAUAAAAAUAAUCGUGCUGUUGUACAACGUUUGGUAAUGUACGAAAACAUUUCACACGAACUGCAAAAAUACAUGAAUUAUUCCCUGUUGUCAUCAGCUGAUGCUGCAGAUAACAAUUCAUCUGAACUAAUUUGCAUAAGUACUCUGAGGCGCACAUUCAACAUCUGCUCCUCUGAGAUCGAUAACAUGUACAGCCAAUGUACGAAACUCUACAAACCACCAAACUGUGAAUUUCUUACGCCUAGGAACGCUUGUGAUCACCUCACAGACAACCGGAUUAAAGAAACGUGCAAAGACAUCAGCAGCACGAGUUAUCACAAGUUAUCGCAAAUUGAUAAAAUAAUUGGACGUUUCCCUGGGCGGAUAGCAACAGAAGAUAUUAUCACGGACAAAAAUAACACUAUUAUCGCAGCAGGGGAGCCUUGUGACUUUGUCCAUAUCAUAACUCUCUUGUUGCCUUUAUUGGUUUUACUUGUAUUGUACGAAGCAUACAGUUAUCACAAGUGGUAUCUUUCUUGCAAUGAGUUCGACAAUCACUACCUCACGCUUCGCUUCAAGUCAAUCGAGGACAUGCGCAAGUCGAGCGGAGCCGUUGACUUACUGGUUCCGCUGAAAAAAGCCGAGCUACAGAAAUUCGUUCAACCAACUGGCUGCCAACUGGCUAAGAGCGAGAAAGGAAGCAUGCUGAAAUACUUGCUGUUUUACUUCGUUUAUUUGAUUUUUGCUCUCAUGAUCAUUCUAUUAGAUCAUUACUUUUAUCUUGUUAUCACUCGAGAGGAACCGCUGUUCAAUUUUCCCAGUAGGUGCGCUGGGAAACUCAAGAGGCUGAACGAGUCUUACGUCAUCAUCUUGUCAACUCUUCUAGGAGUUCUGCUCUUGACCAUCCUUCUCCAAGCAUUUAUCCUUCGGCUUCGCCGUUUGAUUGCGUCGCGUUUUUACCCCAGACGGGAGAGAAAACGCAUUGCUUACCUGUACUACAAACUGCUUGAAGAACGCAAGAUGUUUUACAAAUCUGUUAUUGAAAAGAUGAACAACUUCUCUGAAGAAAAUGAAACACUCAACAGGCUGGACGUAGUACUGGUUCUGUGUAAUAAUUUCAGCUGGAUUAAAACUAUGUUCGAGUUUGUUGGAGUCAGUAUUCAAAGAUGUUCUGUAUGUGGCACUGGACUUAACAGGAAGUACCUGCACUGUGACACCGAGGACUGUGGCGUCUAUUACUGCCGAACGUGCUUCUGGGACCUGGAAAAUAAGUGUCUCGGCUGCAUGAGCAACAGCAAGAUGACGUCGCGAUCAUCGAGCAUGAGUGGUCAGUCACAGAGAAGAAAGAACGAUUAUGUUAAACCUGUUUGAAGAUACUUCUUCUCGAUAGCUUAAAAUAAACUCUCGAUACCGCGUUGAAAAAACAGGUUUUAACGAGUAGUUAGACAGAUGAAUGUGCUUGAACUUUAUAGGCACAUUUUGAAUUUAUUUAAUUUGAACAUAUGACAUUUCAACGCGGUUUGUUUUUAUUGCUCUAUUUAAACGUAAAUCGGUCCAAGUGUCACACUCUUCGCUUUUCAACACCAGAAAUUAUAUUAAUUUGCCAGGACUAAGGAUUUCUAAGUAUAUUUACAAUUAGGACCUAGGCAAAACAGUAGUUUUCGAGGAGAAACACAACGUCAGUGUAAAAUACUUUAAACUUGCGUGAUACUGGAGCAGAAAAGAAAGACUCUAAGUAAUGGUAAAUUAAAAAUGGGAGAGUAGCUCUGUAUCGCGUACAUCAAUUCUGUGUUUCCGUGGUCUUACGCACAGGAGACUUAAAUUACGCUUAUCACCAGCAUGAGGGACCAAUGGCAUUGGUAACGCAUUCUUCGGUAUGAUGACGCUUUUUGUGAUAAACUUUCCUUUCACGCUUGGACAAAUGAAUAUUUUAGCGGUUUCUUUGGUUCAUGAGACCUUUUGAAAAACGUUACAUUUCAAAAAUAAGAAUGGAAAUUAUGAGAGCACUUUUUCUGACCAUUAUCGUAAAUGGCAUGACUUAAGAGAAGUCAGGUUCUAGCGAGACACGUGGAAAAUAGAAAAAUAGCUUUUAUUUCAUUAAAAGUAACAAAAAGUUAUGUUGGAAUGUUUAAACGAUCACCUGUUACCCAGUAAAUUCCUGUAUGGCCGGUGGUUGUUUGUUUUUAGGAGCGUUAUUCUUUAGAAAUUUUUCGGUUGUUCCCCUCAUUUUUCUGUUUACUGCAUCAAUCCAGUGACGUCUUUGCUUGUGUUAUUGGCUCAUCUCCUCCUACCACUCAGGGAAAGAAAUGGGUUGAAUUGGCUAACAGCUUCGUUUGAUUUUCUCUUGUUUUGAUGUUGAGUAAAAUUUUCCUUUUCAUACAUUUCGCUUAAGGGAGCUGCCUUCAACGUCUUUUUCGCCUGUGGAACAGUUUAGACUGUCAAGAAAUAUAAUUUGCAUUUUCCUUUCAGUCACGACGGAUGAAGCCGUUACGGAUGCCUCUCUACCAUGCACGUGUUUCUAUUUUAAGUGAGCUUAUCUCGAUUCAGCUGACUUGUUUAGAGCGAACUGAAGGAUUUUAUAAAUGGGAAUGAUGGAACCCCCCAAUAUCAAGAAGAUUUUUCGAGGGAUGUGGAGGCGUGCUGUACGUUCCAUUGAUAACGCAACUUUCAGCCAUGCACUGAACUGCGAACUAUAGCCUUGAAAUUUUAUGUUAUACGGUACUAACAAGGCAGAAAUAUUCAGUGAAGAUCGCGUGCGGCUCAGCUGGGAACUUUUCCGGUUUAGCAGUGAACAAAUUACGCGAUUGUUGAUUUUAUUGAUUAAGGAAUAAUUUGUAACCAAAGAAGAUGCAGUUUUUAAGUUAGCAGAUAUAAGGUAACCAAUCAGCGACUGUUUGAAAAUUUCCACUCAGCUAAGCCGCCCUAGGCCACUUCCUUAAUCUUCUCACUCCUAAGAUCUCAUUAGUAUUUCUCCUCACUGUCUGUAGCAAAAUUCUUAAAAUGUUACAUCGGAGAAAAUGGUAAUGGAUCAACUAAUUAUAUCCUAAUUGAUAGUUUUCUACAUUCUCAUAAAUUGUCUGCUCGAUGUUGUAUUGAUGUUUCAAGGAGAAAUUCUGUCUUACUCACUCAUGGUAUUAAAGGGUCAACAUGUUUGUCAGAAAUGGCAGACUUAAUUUUUUCGUUAUUUCAAGUGUAGUCUCAACAUUGUCGAGCCAUGAAGACACACCGGAAAUAAGUAUCAGAAGUAAAGUCAUAUUGUGUCGUACUCACAACUGUAAGCCUUCGAAGUCGGGCCUUUGUUUGACUUGUGAUCCCUUUGAACAGCAUGUUCUUAUGACACUCAUUCCCCCUUCCGCUGAACCUCCUCCUCCUCCUCCCCCCCCGCCCAUGCACCCCCGCCUCUUGCAGAGGUGUUAGGAAGCUGUGAAUCCGGUGCCUCUCACUCAGUGGAAUAGUUGAUGUGCACAGUUUUCAGGUAUGCCUUAGCGCGGUAUGUCUGGUACGGCGUUUGUAUUGCUGGCUCUCAAAAAGGCGUCUACACCAGCUGAGGUGUGUUGAUAAUUCUUAUUAAUCAUCAGUGCUUAUCGCGGAUUAUUUACCCUGGACUUAAAAAGAGAUUGAAAUAUCUUACAUUCCUAAACAAUUCAAGCUAAGAGGCCAAUUGCAUGGGCUCCGGUCGCUACCGAAAGAAAGUUCUUCUUAUGUCUAAAGACUACUUUUAAAUACCGUGCUAAGUAUAUAUUAUGAACCGUAGCGAGUAAAUAAAACUUGUAUCCCAAGCUUUGAAGGCAACAACUAUACAUUCCGAGAGAAGGUCAUGCGCUAAUUUGAUGGGAAAAAAAAAAAAAACCAGUUUGACUAUUUCCUGGGAAAACUGCGUAUAGAUAUCGAUCUUUGUCAUUGCCAUAUUUACUAAACUAGGGUGAAAUAUUGUAAUUGGAAAUUCUCGUAGCUGGAGACUGGAGACUAGGCUCUUCAAUGUAACCGCCCGAGAUUAUUAAAAACUUUACUUCAGCGGUUACACAAAAAAGAUAAUUUUCAAUAUGGCGGACGGCGCGGAAACCUGUGUGACUUUAUUCUCUCAAUCCAGUAAAGUUUUCGUUUGGAACCCUGAAGAUGCUGAGAAAAUUCGUGUUGAAUAUCGCAUAGUUGGAUCACUCAUUGGAUCACUACCUCGUAAACCAAAACAGAACCAUUGUUUUUCUUUGCCGCUUCUUCUUUCGCAAGCAGAGGCCACGUUACUUUUGAACAAGGGACUGGCAAGGAUGUUUGACUUACCGGAAAAUCUCCCGGUUCCAUCGAAUGAAGAAGUUAAGACGUUUCAUGAGCUUCGCCAUGACAGCGUUGUUAAACAGAGAGAGUUGUUUGAAAGAGAAAGAGAAGAAAAGCAGGUGGAAUUAGCAGAAAUUAUCGAGGAGGGAAGAAGGAGGAAGAGAAAACUGAGAGAGAAAGAUGAAAAUGUAACUAGUCCAGUAAAAAAAGUGAAAAGUGAAGAAUUAGAAGAAGGCAAUCCUGAAAAAUGCAACCAAAAGGAGGAAAAAGUUGCUAAUCAAUUGGAUUCGAAAUGUAAUAUAGACAAUGGUUUGACAACUAAUGAAGAAUCAGUAAGAAAAACUGAUAGCAUUGAGGCCCGUCACAUUGAAAUUGAAUUGGGUUGUAAACGUAAGGACAAGUCUAGCUUGGAGAGAGUGUCACCUAACUGUGAUAUUAAUCAUGAAGAAACGAAGGCCUUGUCUGCCCUUGGAACUUUAAUUCACAUUCCAACAAUUAUGCCAUCGCAAAGACUGCAGACUCUUUCAGCUGCACAUUGGACAUACCCCCACACAGAAACUGAAAAGCUGCAUUACAGGGUAUUUUUGGACUUAUGGGAAAAAGGAUAUUAUUUAACAUCUGGUGUUAAAUUUGGAGGAGAUUUACUAGCAUAUCCUGGUGAUCCAUUCAGGUAUCACUCAUAUUACAUUGUUAUUAUUGUUCCAUGGGGAAAGAAAAUUACUCCAUUUGAGAUGAUCUCAGCUGGAAGACUGGGUGCUACUGUUAAAAAAACAGCCCUUAUUUGUUCCGUAAAUGAUGAGACAGAUGAAAUUUUGUAUACAUCCAUCAAGUGGAGUGGGAUUAGUUAA